CUUUUUCUGACUUCCACUUCAUCCGUCUGAACCCUUGCAGACAUACCUAAGUGACAACGAGACAGACCAGACGCUCUCAAUGGUUUAAGGACUCUAAGAUCUUUCAGUGGAACCCUUUUGAAUAAAUCCUAAACCUUUGUUUAUAUUGUCGAAUCACUUGAUGAAUGGUUCCUGAAGGUAUUGUUUUUGUUGUUGUUGUUGUUAUUGCAGUUAUUUUGUGGAAGACAAAGAAGAAAAGAAGGGAGGGAGCAGAAGGAGAAUAUUUUUACUGGAAUCAGAUACUGUCGAAAACUAUAACCCUGUCCAUGAGUUCAGACAACGAUCUAGAGUCUCUAGACAUAAUGGAAGGUUCUUUGUCAGCUAGAACAAAGCGAUGCAGUUUGCUCUUGGUCGUUCUGCUUCUAAAGAAAUCCAUCAUUCCAUCUUUAAAGCCUCCAAGCUGCUUCAUGAUGAUAAUGAACUGCUCAUUACGGAUGCCAAAGAAAGAUGUUGGAAGACAAUCAAUAAAUUUCAGGAAAUAA